CCACUGCACACUCUGCAGCUACCAGUAUUCUAAGAAUUACGGUAGCUCACAAUGUAUUCCAACCACUCCCAGAGGAGAGUGCCUGCAAUAUGCAUGCAGAGGGCUGGACUGAAGCAUCAGCCUACUGCAGAUACAUACAGUCUCCAUCCCUCUCACCCACAAAAGCAAGGCAGUUUCUCUCUUAGCAUCUCUUGCUUUUCUUCUCUCCUGUUGACUGGAGCUGGUCUGCUCAGCACGGAUUAUUUUUCCCAGAGUUUGCUGGAGGGUCGGUUCUCUCUCAAUGGACCGGGCAGUGCCGAAUAGUUGAGGAAGACCACAAUCAGGAAGAUGUACUCGGAGGGGUUUGGUACAGACCGGGAUCUGUUGCUGGACCUGGGCCCCGCCGAUCAGCCAGACUGCUAUGGCAGCAUUGAGAAUGACAGCUUCAUGGGUGCCAGAUAUCUUGAUGAAGAUGAGGAUGAAGACCCCAUUUACAUCCACUGUGAGAGGUGGGGCACCCGAGCCUCGGACCCCCAUGGCAACUUCUUCAGGGACGGGAGAACCAGAAUCGACUUUGUGCUGGUGUGGGAGGUGCGGAACCACAGCCGCAGAAAGAGGAGAGCCAGGAGCCGCUACCAGGAACUGGGGAAGGAGGAGCAGAAGAGCGUGGACAGCAAGGAGACCAAGCACAACCGCUGGAGGGACAAGUUUGUGAGGAACCUGCAGAACACAGGGCUGCUGCUGGAAAAGGAGGAGACGGUGAGCGACAGAAAGACCAUUCACUUCCUAAAGUUGAGCGCCCCCUGGGACGUUCUGGUGUACUACGCAGAGGAGCUGUGCAUGAGAGCUCCCCUACAGGCACAGCCAAACCCUGAUCUGAACUCCUCAGACCAGUUCCUGAAGAAUCUCUGGAUCCCCAACAUCAUGUCCCAGUCGGUCCCCAAAAAGCCAGUCGAUUACUACACCUGCGCCUUUCGCAAGUCCAAAAUGGCAAAGUUUCUGGGCUGCGAAGAUCAUGACACCUAUUUCACAAACACACAGAGACACCGAAUUGUGUACGAGAUUCUGGCCCGGACGGCUUACGGGAAACGCAAGCGCGCUGAAAUCGGGAUUGAGAGGUUACUGAACGAAGGAGCGUAUUCAGCUGCUUUCCCACUUCAUGAGGGCCCCUUCGAGAUUUCAACGUUUGAGGUUGACCCGGAGCAGCUGAACUCUCGGCAGGUCAUCUUCCAGUACUGGGGCCGCUGGUCCAAAUGGUACAAGUACCAGCCACUGGACCACAUCCGCGAGUACUUUGGGGAGAAGAUUGCUAUCUACUUCGCCUGGCUUGGUUUCUAUACAGCCUGGCUCCUCCCUGCUGCUGCGAUGGGCACCUUCGUCUUCAUUUCUGGCAUCAUCUCCAUGGGAACCAACACCCCUGCUGAGGAGAUUUGCUCCAGUGGGGGGACCUAUCACAUGUGCCCACUCUGUGACGCCUGCAGCACCUGGAACAUCUCGGAUAUCUGCUCCAUGGCCAAGCUGGGGUACCUGUUUGAUCACCCAGGGACAGUGUUCUUCAGUGUCUUCAUGUCACUCUGGGCCGUGACGUUUCUGGAGUACUGGAAGAGGAAGAACGCCACGCUGGCUCACCACUGGGACUGCAUGGACUUCCAGGAGGAGGAGGAGCGCCCUCGUCCCGAGUUUGCUGCGAUGGCGCCAGCGAUGGAACAGAACCCUGUGACUGGAGUGAAGGAGCCCUACUUCCCAGAGAAAGCUCGGCUAUCCCGCAUGCUCACCGGGUCCAUGGUCAUCGUUAUCAUGCUCUGCGUGGUUAUGAUAUUCCUGGUGACUGUAAUCAUGUAUCGGGGGAUCGUCAGUAUGAUGAUGUAUCACACAGAAAGCACCGUCCUCCGCACACAGGCUGGGAACAUUGCUAACAUCUCCAGCAGCAUGGUGAACCUGGCUCUGAUCCUGCUUAUGGGCCAGGUCUACACUGCACUGGCGGAGCAGUUAACCAAGUGGGAGAUGCACCGCACCCAGACUCAGUACGAAGAUGCCUUCACUUUCAAAGUGUUUGUGUUCCAGUUUGUCAAUUUCUAUUCUUCUCCUUUCUAUGUGGCAUUCUUCAAAGGCAGGUUUGUUGGGUAUCCUGGGCAUUACGGCAAGCUGUUUGGAAUGCGCAAUGAAGAUUGUGGUCCCGGCGGUUGUCUAAUUGAACUGGCUGAGCAACUCUUCAUCAUCAUGGUUGGGAAGCAAAUCAUCGGCAACAUCCAUGAGUUUGUUGUUCCGAAGGUGAAAGCCUGGCUGCAGAAGCGUCAGAUCGGAGCUGUGCGAGGGUCUCGGAUCUCUCAGGAACCCAAGCGCUGGGAGGAAGACUACGAGCUGAUCAAGUGUGAGGGGCUCUUCGAGGAAUAUCUGGAGAUGGUCCUCCAGUUUGGGUUCAUCACCAUCUUCGUGGCAGCGUUCCCCUUGGCUCCGCUCUUCGCUCUGCUCAAUAACUGGGUGGAGAUCCGCCUUGACGCCCAGAAGUUUGUCUGCGAGUACCGUCGUCCUGUGGCGGAGCGAGCCCAGGAUAUUGGGGUGUGGUUCAACAUCCUGGAGGCCUUGUCCCACCUUUCUGUCAUUGUCAAUGCUUUUCUGAUUGCCUUCACAUCCGACUUCCUGCCGCGACUCCUCUACCAGUACAAGUUCGACAGCAACCUGCACGGCUACGUCAACUUCACCCUGGCCCACGCUCCACCCAGCUACAUGGAUGGGAACCACACUCAGUGCAGAUACAAGUCGUUCCGAGAUGACAGUGGGAACUACACCCUCUUCUACUGGGAGCUGCUGGCGGUGCGCUUGGGCUUCAUCAUUGCCUUUGAGCAUGUGGUGUUUCUCAUCCUCCGUGCCAUCGACUGGAUAGUGCCAGACGUCCCAGAGUCCCUGGCACUCAAGAUCAAGCGAGAGCGCUACCUGGCCAAGCAGGCCCUGGCUGACAACCAGGAUGCUGUCCUGAGGGUGAGUCAAGGAUCAGCCUCCACCCCAGCAAGCGACCUCUCUCCAAGCAGCAUGUGCUAGUGGGGCGGAGCAGGAAGUGGAGGAAAUUGAACUGGAAGAGGAUAUUUGAUUGGCCAGAGCAUGACCUGCCGUUUUUUGAAUAGGAAGACUGGGAGGACUGGAACAAAAGGGGAAUAAAUUGCUAACAAUCGCCAUGCAGCUGCUCAUUUGUGUUUUUCUUUUUCCUGAUUGGCCGCACUGUUUCCGAGGAGAUCGUGAAGCAAAAGGGACUCAAGAAUCUAAAUACCAAACCUGACGUUACUGUAAUAUAAAGUAUGUCCUCAGUUUGUAUCUCUACAUUAUUUUAUAUUUUUAGAUCAAUCAAAAGCGGGCGCCUAAUAAAAUGACAUGGACUGUCAAAGUAUAUUUUAUUAAUAAACUCUUGAAUUAUUGUUGCUCAUAUGCACAGCCAACUUUAUCAGUGUAGAUUUUUCUCAAAAUAAAAGGGUCAUGGAUAUUAAUAUGGAGGUUCUAAUGCAAUUGCUGGAAACAAUACUACUGAUUUCUUUAAGGAUUUAUUCUGGCAACUCAGGAACUUCUGUAACUUAUCUAGACUUUAGUACCUUUACUUUUCAUAUGUGCAUGUAUAGCAGAACGAGAUGUUGCUCUCCUUGAAGUAAGAAACCUUUUGCAUGUGUGGGACUCUGUAAGGUUUGCGCCAAGCCCUCUCAAAUCAAGAAGAAGCUUCAGGAAAACCAGUAUCUGUUCUGGCUGUUACUUCAAAGCGACAGCUAAAAUAUCCUCCAAGGCUGAAUAAUGAUUUGCUGUGACAGACAAAGAUCAAUUGCUUUUGAUAUAUCGGCUGUGGGCCUUGAGUGGUGCGGCCACUUCAUUCUUCAUGCAACAUUCAGAACAUCUCAAAGGUUUGCAUUGGCAAUGCUUGGUAAAGCUCAGAGUAUAACAAUUUUAAUUUGCAAUACAACAAUUAGAUUCUUUUGAAUCUAUUAAAAUGUAUUUUAAACAUCAUACUUACAGCUAAUUGGACACUAAUAAAUAUUCUGGAUAUAUAUAACGCUGCCAUAAUAUUAAAAAGUAAGUAGCAGGGUUUGGAAAAAUAUAGUGUUAUAUGUCCCCAUGUGU